GAGCGGGAGCUGUUCGGCUCUGGGGUCCCCUAGCCUUAGUCUGAGUCCUGCCGCUUCCGGAGCUAAGGGGAGCACGCAGAAUGGAACUGCAAGAUCCAAAGAUGAAUGGAGCCCUACCUAUGGGUGCUGUGGGCUACAGGCAGGAACGCCAGGGCUUUUUGCCCAGCCAUAAUCCUGCUCCUGGGAGGAAGCCAGCCCAGUUCAUGGAUUACCAGGGGAAGACAUCGUUUGGAAUGUCAGUGUUCAACCUCAGCAACGCCAUCAUGGGCAGUGGCAUCCUGGGGCUGGCAUAUGCCAUGGCCCACACAGGGGUCCUCUUCUUCUUGGCCCUGCUGCUGUGCAUUGCUCUUCUGUCUUCAUAUUCCAUCCAUCUCCUGCUGACCUGUGCUGGUGUUGUAGGUAUCCGAUCCUAUGAGCAGCUGGGACAGAAGGCUCUGGGGCCUGUGGGGAAGGUAGUGGUGGCCACAGUCAUCUGUCUGCACAAUGUUGGGGCCAUGUCCAGUUACCUGUUCAUCAUCAAAUCUGAACUCCCCCUGGUUAUUGGCACAUUACUGUCCAUGGACCCUGAGGGAUACUGGUACUUGACGGGGAACUUCCUGGUCAUCAUUGUCAGUGUGUUAAUCAUCCUGCCACUGGCCCUCAUGAGACACUUGGGCUACCUAGGGUAUACCAGUGGUCUUUCCCUGACCUGUAUGCUGUUUUUCCUCAUUUCGGUCAUCUAUAAGAAGUUCCAGCUUGGCUGCGUUGUGGGUCGCAAUGAGACAGCUGUGGGGAGUAACAGCACCCUGGGCCCUCCCAUCCAGGGGCUUAAUGGAAGCUGUGAGGCCCAGUGGUUCACAGUGGACUCACAGAUGUUCUACACAGUGCCCAUUAUGGCUUUUGCGUUUGUCUGUCAUCCUGAGGUGCUACCGAUCUAUACAGAGCUCUGCCGGCCCUCCAAGCGCAGAAUGCAGGCUGUGGCCAACGUGUCCAUCGGUGCCAUGUUCUGCAUGUAUGCGCUUACGGCCACCUUUGGAUACCUCACCUUUUACAGUAGCGUGGAGGCAGAGAUGCUGCACAUGUACAGCCAGAAGGACCCGCUCAUCCUCUGUGUACGCCUGGCAGUGCUGCUCGCGGUGACUCUCACUGUACCAGUUGUGCUAUUCCCUAUCCGCCGGGCCCUGCAGCAGCUGCUCUUCCCAAGCAAAGCCUUCAGCUGGCCGCGGCAUGUGGCCAUAGCCCUGAUCCUGCUUGUCAUGGUCAAUGUCUUUGUCAUCUAUGUGCCAACCAUCCGGGAUAUCUUUGGGGUUAUCGGGUCCACCUCAGCCCCCAGCCUCAUCUUCAUCCUUCCCAGUGUCUUCUACCUCCGUAUUGUGCCCUCUGAGGUAGAGCCCCUCUUCUCUUGGCUCAAGAUACAGGCUCUGUGUUUUGGUGUCUUGGGCGUCCUCUUCAUGGCGAUCAGCCUAGGCUUCAUGUUUGCCAACUGGGCCACAGGCCAGAGCCAUGCUCUUGGACACUAACCAUGCCCUGCUCCAGCCAGGCUCCUGUGCACCUGUGCCUUUGUGUGUGAAAGAAGAUAGGGCCGCUCUCCCAGGUCCCCCCUGCUUGGUGUGUGAAGAUGUCUGGUUCCUUUAACGUACCUAUUGAGGUAGGGGGCCACAGAGGCUACACAGUGGUCCACCGUCCUCCCCAGGGAUGCAGAGCUUGCAUCAUGGUCCUAAUUCCAACAUCACAGGAGGAGAACAAGGCCAGGUCCUUGGGCACCCCUUGCCCAGCCCAGUCUUUUCUUU